AGAUCUGAAGAAUAACUUGAUCAGCACAAUUGAGCCAGGGGCAUUCCAUGGACUUUCAGAACUGAAGCGCCUAGAUCUUUCAAAUAACAGAAUCGGUUGCCUAACACCAGAAAUGUUUGUUGGACUUAACAGUCUUCACAAACUGAAUUUGUCAGGGAAUAUUUUUUCAAGUCUUAUGAAUGGACUUUUUUCUGAGCUGCUAGCUCUGAAAGCACUACAUUUCAACACAGACUCGCUCAUUUGUGACUGUAAUCUAAAAUGGGUCUUGCAAUGGGCCAGAAAUGCUUCAGUUCGAAUAGCAGAGGAAACUGUUUGUGCUUACCCCAGUGCUUUACAAGGACUGUCAUUUCGUAACCUGAAGGACAACCAGCUGACAUGUGCUGGGCCUCUGGAACUACCUCUGUUUGAGCUGAUCCCAUCACAAAGACAAGUGGUUUUUCAUGGAGACCGCUUACCAUUUCAGUGUACUGCAACAUAUGUUGACAAUACCACCCAAGUACAUUGGUACCAUGCUGGUCGCCUGAUCGAAACAGAUGAAGAGAGUGGCAUAUUUGUGGAGGACAGCAUCAUUCAUGACUGCUGCCUAAUUACACGUGAGCUUAUCCUAUCCAGCAUUGACAUUGAUGCAACUGGAGAUUGGGAAUGUCUAGUCAACAAUUCCUAUGGAAAUAGCACUAAACAAGUAGAAAUUGUGGUACUUGAAACAGCUGCACCCUACUGCCCUGCAGAAAGAGUUAUUAACAACAAGGGAGAUUUCAGAUGGCCCAAAACUUUGGCUGGGAUAACUGCUUACCAUCCCUGUCUCCAGUAUUCAUUUAACUCCAUUGCCUUUCACAAUGGCGCAGAAGAGUCUAAGGCAUGGCGUAAAUGUAAUCGAACUGGACGUUGGGAUGAAGAUAACUAUUCUGAAUGUCCUUAUUCACAAGAAGUAACUCAAGUUCUUCAUGCUUUUAGUCAGAUGCACAUCAAUUUGACAACCGUGCUUGAAUUUUCCCGCCAGCUGACAGCCUACACAAGAGGUGCUUCCCACUUUGCGGAUAAAAUGGAUGUAAUAUAUUUGGCUUAUAUAAUGGAGAAGUUAAUUGUCUUCGUGGAUGAAGUUGAAGAUAUUGGGGAUGCUCUUAUUGAAAUUGCCAGCAACAUAAUGUUGGUCGAUGACCGUGUGUUGUGGAUGGCUCAAAAGGAAGACAAAGCCUGCACCAGGAUUGUAAGAUGUGUGGAACAUAUUGCAAGUCAAAUACUGACCAAUAAUAUUCAAGUUAUAUCAAAGGUAUCUCAUAAUAUUGCUCUGGAGGCCUUUAUGAUCAAGCCAUCUAGUUUCACAGGAAUGACUUGCACUGCCUUCCAGAAAAUAUCUGCAAAUUCUGACAAGUCAGUGGUGCAUGAUUUGGGAACCUGGGAAGCAAAUCACCAUCCUGAUCAACAUUUGAAUUUCAAGUGCAACACUGGCAAUCUGAAUGGUUCCUUGGUGAAUUCUUCUACCAGGAAUGCUGUAGCAGUAGCUUCAGUUCAUUUGCCACAGUCUGUCUUCUCUCAGUCUUCAGCCUGGCAAUCUGUUGAUAACUCUACUUGCAAGCUACAGUUUAUUGUCUUUCGGAAUGGAAAACUCUUUCCUAGCACAGGAAACUCAUCAAAUCUUGCAGAUGAUGGGAAACGUAGGACGGUUGCCACACCAGCUGUUUUUGCUAAAAUAGAUGGGUGCAGUUUUGGAAACCUCACCAGCCCUCUUACUAUAGGGUUGAGGCACUUUGCACGGGGUGUAGACCCCAUUGCAGCCUUCUGGGAUUUUGACCUUCUGGAUGGACAUGGAGGCUGGUGGGGAGAAGGGUGCCACAUAAUUAGUUCCGCAGGCAAUAUUACCACCAUUCAGAGUACACACUUCAGUAACUUUGCAGUGCUAAUGGAUUUUAAGACAGUGCUGUCUUUCCCCCAGUACCCAGGGGAGUUUCUGCACCCUGUGGUAUAUGCAUGUACUGCAGUUAUGUUGUUGUGCCUGUUUGCUUCCAUUAUCACCUACAUUGUCCAUCACAGCACAAUCCGAAUAAGUAGAAAAGGAUGGCACAUGCUUCUCAACUUUUGUUUCCAUACUGCUCUUACAUUUGCUGUUUUUGCUGGUGGAAUCAAUCGCAUUAAAUAUCCAAUUAUAUGUCAAGCUGUUGGCAUAGUACUACAUUAUUCUACACUCUCUACUAUGCUAUGGAUUGGAGUAACUGCCAGGAAUAUUUAUAAGCAAGUCACAAAAAAACCUCAGCCAUGCCAAAACAGUGACCAACCUUCUUAUCCAAAGCAACCACUACUCAGAUUUUACCUGAUUAGUGGUGGAGUUCCUUUUAUUAUAUGUGGGAUUACUGCAGCAACCAAUAUCAACAAUUAUGGGAUUGAAGGCAAUGCACCAUAUUGCUGGAUGGCAUGGGAGCCUAGUCUUGGUGCUUUUUAUGGGCCAGUAGCGUUCAUUGUGCUAGUCACCUGUGUUUAUUUUCUCUGCACGUACGUGCAACUGAAGCGCCAUCCUGAACGCAAGUAUGAGCUAAAGGAAAAGACAGAAGAUCCACAGAGAAUGCCAAGUACAGAGGUGGGCCAUGGUCAUAUUACAGACUCUGUAGCUGUUCCCCAGGCAACCUGCUCCCUGCUUUCUUCUUCCUUAUUGGAAAAUGAGCAUUCAUUUAAGGCUCAGCUUCGAGCUGCAGCAUUCACUUUGUUUCUGUUUACUGCCACUUGGACCUUUGGAGCACUUGCAGUAUCUCAAGGUCAUUUCUUGGAUAUGAUAUUUAGCUGUCUUUAUGGAGCCUUCUGUGUGACCUUGGGGCUUUUCAUCCUGAUCCAUCACUGUGCAAAGCGAGAUGAUGUGUGGCAUUGCUGGUGGUCCUGUUGCCCAUCUAGAAGAAACACCUAUUCUGUCCAAGUUAAUGUGCGCCCAAAGGUUAAUGUCAAUGGUGACACUCAAGUUCAUGCACCUUGUCUUCAGGAAUCACCAUGUCCCAACAAAUCAGCUGUGUUUAAUCACCCAUCAGCUAGCCACUGCAAACUUACACCAUGUUGUGCAAAAAUGCACUGUGAUCAGCUACUUGAUGAUGAAGCUCACAUUCAUGUCCACAACGAGGGAUCCUUCAGACCCAAUAUGCACAUUCAUAGAUGUCUGAAAAGCAGAACUAAGCCACGUUAUUUCAGUCGGCAUAGGUCUGCAGGUGAAAGAGAAUACGCCUAUCACAUUCCUUCCAGUAUCGAUGGCAGCAUCCACAGCUCACAUACAGACAGUCCCCACAGUACGCAUGAUAGCCAGUCAGGUCACAGACGGGCCUGCUGCUCAAAAAGCGAUCCAUAUCCUACUGUCAACCAGCCCGAAAGUAGUGACGCAAGUACUGUAAUAUAUAGUUGUGCUAAAAUGCCAGAAAGUGACACUGUGCACCACCCAGCUCAUUUUGAGAUGCACCCGCGGACACAGUCAUUGCCAUUUAAUACAACGAAUCACAACGGAAUUCUCAAGGGAAACGUGCAUGAAGCCAUGAUAUACAGCUCAGAUAGUACAGGAAAUAUCAAAACUGGCCCUUGGAAAAAUGAAACUACUGUGUAG